UAACUUUCUGUGGUUCUAGAGAGAGAGAGAGAGAGGGAGAGAGGAGAGGACGAGAAGAUGUUGUCGGUGAAGGGAUGUAAUGCGCCGGAUCAGCUUCGAUCCCUGACUCAAUGUCGAUCCGUCACCCCUCCCAAAGCAUUGACUCGUCGUGGAAUCGCGGUCGUCUCUUGUUGCUCUUCCUCUUCUACCUCUCCGUCAUCGAUUUCCGCUUCGCGAGUUUCUAAUCUCGUCGUAUCGGAACGGACGAAUGGUUCGGGAGGGGUAGUAUCGAAUCCGUCUAGCAAUGGGUCGGCGAGCUUGCUGGAAGAACUCCGGCUUGGGAGCUUGGCUGAAGAUGGGCUUUCUUAUAAGGAGAAAUUCAUUGUGAGGAGUUACGAAGUUGGAAUUAAUAAGACUGCUACCAUGGAAGCCAUUGCCAAUCUAUUGCAGGAAGCUGCAUGCAAUCAGGUUCAGACCUUGGGCUACUCCACAGAUGGGAUGGGGACAAGCUACACCAUGAGACAGUUGCAUCUAAUCUGGGUGACUGCUCGCAUGCACAUUGAAGUUUACAAUUACCCAGCAUGGGGUGACAUGAUUGAAAUUGAGACAUGGUUCGAAGCUGGACGAGUUGGGACCAGACGUGAUUUUGUUGUCAAAGAUGCCACUGGUACAGUUAUUGGGAGAGCCACCAGCAAAUGGGUGGCGAUGAACCAAGACACAAGACGACUACAGAAAGUCAAUGACAAGAUUCUGGAAGAAAUUAUGAGUCAUGCUCCACGAACUCCACGGUUAGCUUUUCCAGAGGAGGAUAACUGUAGCCUGAAGAAAAUUCCGAAGCUUGAAGAGCCUGCACAGUAUUCUAAACUAGGGCUUAAGGCUAGAAGAGCUGAUCUGGACAUGAACCAGCAUGUAAACAAUGUAACCUACAUUGGAUGGCUUCUUGAGAGCUUGCCUCAGGAAAUUAUUGACACACAUGAACUUCGAAAGGUCACAUUGGACUACAGAAGAGAAUGCCAACAUGAUGACACGGUUGAUUCCCUCACUAGUAUGGAACUGAUGGAUAAUGCUGAAGCAAUUCCAGAGCUUAAUGGGACAAAUGGGUCUGCCACUGAGAGGAAACAUGAAGAAGACUGCUGUCGGUUCUUGCAUUUUGUGAGAUUUUCUGGGGAUGGACCGGAGGUAAAUCGGGGUCGCACUGAGUGGAGAAGAAAAUCAACGAGAUAGAACAGUUUGUUUUUUCCAAGUUGAUGUGAUGAGAUAAGUUGAACGCUUCAUCCAUCUUACCCCUUCCCUAACUGAAUGGGGAAGGAAAUAAAAACUCGGCCUUGUGUACCUCAGCUUGUCCCUUGUUCAAGCUGGUAAGUUUUGUUAGUCUUUAAGUUGGGACUUCCUCGUGCUAUCUUUUAUGCCGUCUUUCCUCACGAUGUGUAAUUCGGCAUGAGGGUGUGUUAGCUUAGCAAUUCUCGUCUGGGUAUUGAGUGUAAACCUUUGGAUUGAUUCACACACUUUGAACUCUAUGAAAUCAAUCUCUCUCUCUGUUAUCUUUUA